UGCUCUGUUUUCCCUUUCUCAAGACAUUUCAAUUUUGGUGGAAAUUUUAAGUUACACCUAGAAUUAUAGAACAGUUGCCGAAGCUGUUAACUUACUUCAUAUUGCCAAUUCGAUGAGCGAUUAACUGCAGUAAUUUUUUUGGUAUCUGUUUGCCUUAGUGGAGUGAAGUCAUAGGUAACGUUUGUGUUUCAGAUUAGACAAUAGACUCUCUUACUCGACUUACUCAUUUUUCUCUCAUGAUAUCAUUGUACGUGCCUUUAUGAACACUCUUAUCACACUCUCUUCUGGAUUUUUGGCAACCACUUCAAUAGAACUGAGUAUUUCACCCAGGUGCUCUUGUAUUUGUCCAGCCUACGUAUUUCCUCGUUUCGUGCGAAGCCAACAUUAUCGAUCAGUUUAUUGGUGUCCAGUGCAGAAUAACUUUAACUUAAUCGUCAACAGUGUUUAAAGGUGUUUUCUAUCACAUCUAUAAAUCUAAUCUAAUCACCCUUGAUUAUUUUUACCUUGGCUUGACAUUUGGUUUAUAUUUCCAGUCCAAUGAAGCCAAUGUAUUCCUAGCACAUACCACUCUACACAUUGUUCAGGAAAAGCUCUUUUUAAAUCUCUCAUCAUCAUCAGUAUUUCUUUUCAAAACCAGAAUAUGGUUCAGCGACCAGUUGAUAAACGCGGCUUGUUAUUUAUAGAGUUCAUAUGUGGUUUAUUUGGUAAAAAUAAAACCUACCGUGUUUGUUAUGAUGAAGAUUUUAAUCGCAUCAGCAUCCGAUAUAAAUUAAAUUUUUGCUGCCGAACAAACAGUGUCCAUGAAGGGCGAAAAUGCACAAAAGUCAUAGUGAUCCCGUCAAAAAAAAUCUAUUAUGUAGAUUGCAUUCACGCUGAUUGUGAGUACGAGAAAAUCAUAGGGAACUGGUCUCCAGAAAACGAUGCAAAGAACAUCCCUGUCGAAUAUUUGGAGAACCUUGACUCCUUUCUUGAACGUGAGAGGCUUAGCUUUGAAGCGCACAUGAAGGAAGAGGAACAUAAUGCACAGAUGGCAGCAUUGGCAGGCUACUGAGGCUUUGGCAGACAUUAUCUUAUGAGGAGAUCCAGACAGCCGGCCUCCCCUACGACGAUGCGGUGUGUACUGGUGAUCUUCUCAUUCCUGCUAGCAGCGGUUCAACUGAUGGGCCGAGUCACGGAAGCAAUGCCCCCCACACUCUGCAUCUCAAAUCCAAUCGAGGAGGUUCCGCUGCGAGUCCGCAAAGUGUGCGCAGCCCUGUCGUCCAUAUACGAGCUUGCCGGGGCCAUGGAGUCCUAUCUCGACACUGAAGGACACCCACAAAAUGACGCAGUCUUUAGUCACCACCGACAAAUUUUGGAGAACUCGCUUCGAAAAAGAGUUCUGGGAGACGACGAGCCGCCGCAGCAGCUGGGGGCAAAGAGGCCCGACCACAUGUUCAUGAGGUUCGGCCGACGCUGAAAUCAUCUCGUGCCAGCUGCAAUCCUCCCCCCCGAAGAACAUAACCAAUACUACGUUCCUCCAAGCCUCUUUUGCAUUUAUUGUAUACAAUUUGUCCUUUCAGUUUGGAUUCGCCAACAGUCGCACCAGGACGCGCUACUUUUCGUGGUGCGCAAAAUUGGUCAACAGCAGUCUGGAGCUAGUUGGCCAUUCUAAAUAGAAAAUCUGAUCUAAGAUCGAAGCAAGGAAUGCAUUGAUAAUUGGACUGCAUUUUGCAACGUGGAGCUGUAAAUUCUGGCUCUUCUGGAAAAACACUAAUGUGCAUAGGGAAACUAACGGCACAUCGUUGUUUUUAAACUGGGCUAGAAUUUAUAGUUCCAAAUUGAAAAAUGAAGUCCAAUUUUAAUGUGUGAUCAAUAGACGCUGACCCAACUGCUUGUUGUUUUUAAAAUCUUCAUUUUAUCAUUUAAUGUUACCCUCGUCUGCAAAAUGAACAGCUAUAUUUCUCUCCGUCUCAAAAAUAUACAAGUGUCUCGAGAAAACUGAAUGGUGCAAUUUACCACAUCAUGGAUUAAACACAAAUAAAAACUCUUAAUGUUUUCUUUACAUAUUAUUUUAUUUACUCGAGUUAGAUGCGUCUAUCUAAAAGAAGUAUGUUUGCCUAAUUAAUCAAUAGCAUACAACCUUCUUUUGCGUAAAUGCAUCCAUAUUUCAGGAACGAAAUUGAAUUCUUAUGUUUGUUGAACCUGUCAUGUUUAGCAUAAAGCUUGUUACAAAAUUAUGUGGCGCCCCGAAAUUUCGUUUAAUCAGGGGAGUGCGUUAGAAUAAAUUAAUAUUUUUAGUUCGCUUUAUGUCAUCGUUGUAAACCCAUCCCAUCAAUUAUUUUUUACAAUAUUUGUUUUAUUAGAUACUGACUAAAAAACCUUA